AUGAAUAUCAUUUUAUAUGCAUGCAUAAUUGGUUACGUAAUAAGUGAGGUAUUUUAAAAAGUAAGUAUUUUUAGAGUGAUUUAGAUUAAGCUUAUAAAUACUUGCUGUAAAAUCAGGAUCAAUUAAUGAUUGGAUAAUGGACAGCAAGUUCAGAUUACUUAGUUUAUAUAAAUGUGGUGUAUGAUAAUUAAAAUAUGAUAAUGUAAGUUUAUCCUAAAAAGCACAACAUUUUACAUGAAAAGCACUAUUUUAGAUUAAGUUACUAACUUUUAAACAGUUCUUAUUAUUUUGAUACAGUCAAAAAGUAUCUGAAUAUAAAUAUAUAUAGUCACAUGACAUGGCAGUAAAUAGAUGUCAUAAUAGAAUUGCAAAAUAAUGAGAAACAUCCAUUAACAAUAUGCAAAGCUACACUUGAAAUGGAAGUUUAAACUUAAACAAUUAUUCUUAAUAGUAAAUUUGCUGAGGAAUGUAAUAUAACUGAAGAAAGAGUACGUUUAUUCAUAUUCAGCAAUUCAGUAUACUAAUUACAAGUCUUUUCAUACACAAUGCUUAUAAUAUUUAUAUCUGUUGUUCAAAUUAUUUGCUCUUAUUUAUAUCUAAAAUCUGAUCCAUCUUCCAAUUAAGGUGCAUCAAUGACAAUAUCAAUAAUCUUAACAUAAGAUAUAUUCAUUUGUAUUUUCAGCUCAUUACUUUUUGAUAUACCUAGAUUUUAUUAUUUCUUUCCCUGUUUACUUUGCUAAUUGAUAGCAAUUUUUUGGGAUCUCAAAUUAAAAGCAAAACUUACAGUAAUUUAUUUUAUAAUAUCAAUAUAGAUGAUGGAAAGAUCUAAGAAAAGAUUUUUAUUCUUUCAAAUCAUAGAAAUAUUAUUUGUCACUUUUUUAUUUUUAAAAAUCAGACAUUCAAUUGAAUUAACAUUAUUAAAUAUUUUUUUAAUACCUUAGAUCAUAUAUAACUUUUUUACAGGAGAAAGAUAAAGAUUUAAUAAAUAUUAUAUUGGAGCAAUAUUUCCAAGGGCUUUACUUUCCAUAUAUGCUAGAGGAUGUUCACAAAAUAUUUUAUAAUUAUAGUAUAGACUUCAUGUUGUAUUUGUCAUCAUUCUUAUACUAAUUAUUUAACUAUUAAUUUAUUAUUGCCAAACUAAAUUUGCAUGGUUUAUUCUUAAAAAUAAUUAACAUAACUAUUUUAUUAAAUAAACAGAUGAACAUUUAUAAUCAGAUUGCUCUAUAUGUUUAAAUAAUUUAACAUAAAUUCCUGAUAAUAAACUUAAUUAAAGUGAAUAUAUGAUAUAAAUAAUAAAUUAAGCAUCCUAAAAUCAUUUAUUGAUGAGUACUCCUUGCGUAAAUUUUUAAUAUUUAAAUUAGAAUCAUUAAUUUCAUCCUUCUUGCUUAAGUUAAUGGAUGUAAAUAAAUUUAUCAUGCCCAUUAUGUAAAAGUGCUUUACCUUAGGUAUUUUGA